GGGUUGUCAAUUGAUGGCUGAAAAUGUCCAACAUACCCUAGAACAAACCAGCAUGGGAACAAGCCCUCAAGACAUGAGUUAUAAGAACUCGUUCCUGUUCUGGUUGAGAAUUUGGCGGAGCAUGAUGAGAACUUGAGCCAGAGUGUGUUCAAGGAGCAACACGCCUUCUCCCGGUCUGAUCGACGGAUUGUUCGAGCCACUUAACACGCGCACGACACCUUACAAAGGGAAACAGAAGACCUUCCCGCGAAAUGGAACCGUAUCACGUCACAGACAGCGAAGGGGCGCCCCGUUACAUAAUGGCGGCUACCUGCCUGGAGAAAAAGAAACAGAAACGCGACGCGUGCGACCGCCACUACCGAUGACAUCAGUACCCGAUCAGUUUCGACCUCGCGCGUGCCUCUCAUAAUUCACUCAGUGACCGUCUGCUUCUUCUUCCUCCUCCUCUUCCGCCACACUCCCCCUCCGACUCGGUCUACCUCCUUCUCACACGUUGCACAACUUCAAUUGACCUCACUGCCCCGUCUCUAGCCACGCGAAUCAACCGCACAAUAUCACCACAACCAUGGUUACUACGAGAAACAGAGAGCGCACCAACAGCGCCACCGAAGCAAACACCAAAACGGCUGCCACUGCUACUGCCGGCGAGAAGCACGCCAUUGAAGAGGAUGCUACUGCUGCUGCUACCAAGGGGCCUCCCGACGCCAAGCGGGCAAAGAAGUCUGACGACGUCGACUCCACUCGCCAGACGACCUUGGAGGAGACGUUCGGAAAGCAGGAUGCCACAGAACCCAUGAAGGCAGACGACGCGACGGAGCAGAACAAAGAGAACGCCGACGUGACGAUGAAGGACCCCGAACAGGCUGAGGAGCCGACGAAGGAAGAGGAGGCGGCCAUGGCCGAAAAGGUGGAAGAGGCAGAGAAGGCCGAGGAAGCAGACAAGUCCGAGGAACAACAACAACAACACCUCAAAGAGACACACAAGACGGAAGAUACCACGACAAAGCCUGCUAGCGGUGAGACCGCUGAGCUCGCCCACAAAAGGUCCAAGGUCCCCUCCAACAUACUCGAAAAGGGCAUUGUCUACUUCUUCUUCCGUGGCCGCGUCAACACUGAAAAGACUGAGGAUGUCGACGACAUUGCCCGCAGCUACAUCAUCCUACGCCCCAUGGCCACGGACUCCAAGCUCGGCGACGGUCCCAUUGGCGACGCGGGAAACACCCGUCUGCUUGCGCUGCCAAAGAAAGUUCUCCCCGAGAGCGGCAGGGACCGGUUCAUGGCUUUCGUCGAGAAGUCGGGUACUUCCUUCAAAGAGUUGAAAGAGCAGUUCCUGUCUGGCGCGGACAACCAGACCAAGGCCGGCACGUCGCAUUCGCCUGCCGCGACGCCUGCCGGCGAAGGAGUCUAUGUCAUCACGUCGACUGGCCGCGAGACCCACCUUGCAUACAUGCUAACUCUGCCCUCGGACCUCGGCGAGGUUCAGAAAGAACUUGGGCUCAAGGAAAAGGGGAGCUUCAUACUGAGCACCAAGAACCCUUACAAGUCUGGUCCUGCGAAUGCGAGCCUCCCGGAGACACCCGACUUCCCAGACAAGAUCAAGGACCAGUUCCGCGACCUCCGCUGGAUGCCGACUAAGCCCGAGCACCUCGAUUACGCCAACGCUCAGGUCCUCUUGAUCGGCGAGUCUUCUGGUAUUGAGAAGGCCGUCGAGCCAAAGAAGAAGGAUGUCAAGCAGGGCAACGACGACCCCGAGACCGUCCUUCAAGAGAUCGAAGACGAGGACAUCAAGCGGAUGGAGCAUCUCUCGGGCGACGACUCGGCUUCCAUCUUUGCUGACCUGCAGGCUCGAGCCAAGGACUACCCACAGUUGCAGACUACCUUUUGAUAGCCUGCCGCCCUGUGCUUUCAUCUGUAUUCUGUCCUCGGUAAUUGCAUGUCAAUAGGAUGAUUGUAUUACGUCUUGGUCCAUGUGGAUACCUCUGGCGCAUUGCAGUAGUGUUUCUUUUACGACUUAUGCUUAUCAAGGCAGCUCGGGAGCUCUAUGAUUUGAAACUUGCUAGAAGCGUGGCACGAGCUGUGUCAUUGUGGUCGGAGUAGUUGGGUAGUGAACGGAAUACCAUGGCUAGCCGGAAUGACAGCAACCAGUUAAACUUUCCGGUACUCUGUGCAAAGUCUAGAACAAACAUGAGUUUUUGUAUCAUUAAUACUAGGGGUUUUUAAUACGUGUGCGACUAAGUGACUGGGUUAGAGGAGAAAUCUCACUUCA